UACUCUUUAUAAAGUGUGUGUUAAUGAUCUGUAAACCUUUAAUAGAUGGUUUAUAAAACAUGUAUAAACAUUACAGGGACACAUGGACCAGAUAUUUGUAACAUUUUUGUUCAUGGUAAAUAAAUAUUUUGUCUCUUUGUUAGCGCUCAUGGCUCUGCUAUGUUUCCUGCUAACAGUCUGUUCUGUCUCUUUGUUAGUGCUAACAAAGAGAUCCAUCUCCCUCAGGAGUUGGAGGGGGAAAAAAACAAGCUUAAUCAGGAGAGAGAUACAUGCUCUAAAUCUGCUAAAUGUGAAAACGGUCUCUGCAGCUCGUUCUGUGGCUCCUUUCAUGUCUUUAAUAUAACUCUGACAUUUCUACACAGGAGGGAAAAGCUUGAGUUUAGAACAUUUAAUGAAAGUGUGCUCAUAUCAUAUUUCUCUCUGCUCCCACAGACGCUCCAUCCAGCGGGAGGUCCAAGAAUGGAUAUGUUUUCCAAGCGAUGGAUCUGCAGGAUGGAGAACAGGAGGAUUGUGGGAAAGAUUCUCCAAUCACCAACAAGGACCACAUCUAUGACAGCCAGCUCCAGAUCAGUGUCUCCGAUGCUGAUGACCCGGGGUUCGGCCUUUUAAACACGACAAGAAAAUAUGUGAAGCCGAUGAACUUCCAGGAGGAGGUGCGUGCCCACAGGGACCUGGACAGCUUCCUGGCCCAGGCGAGCAUCCUUCUGGAUGAGAAAGCUGCCACUCUGGACGAGGUCCUGAGGCGGAUGCUGAGUCGUGUGGCGGAGGACAGUCAUGAGAGUUGUAACGAGGACGAGGUCAUGAACUCUCUGUUCACUGACGCAGGAGGAAAGGAGUGUAACGUUCACCUUCUGUCUGAGACCAUUCAGGGCGUGACUUCCACUUCCACUGGCGUUCGUUAUCAGCAGUCCUGGCUCUGUAUUCUCUCCAAUGUGAGGAGUCUGCAGAGACGUCAUGUCUGCAUCGCCCGUCUGGAGAGGACGCAGAACUGGGGCGUCAACUGCUGUGAGGCUCGCUACGUGAUCCUCAUCUUGGCCCCGCCCAGAACGAAAAGCACCAAGACGGCGAUCGAACUGGGCAGAACAUUUUCCACGAUGUUCUCCGACAUUUCCUUCAGACAGAAGCUUCUGGAAGCCAAGACUCAGGACGAGUUCAAACAGGAGCUGGUGUUCCAGCGACAGCAGCUCUCCGCCGCCAACGACAAGCCGGUUGUAGAGGAAGUGGAGGACUCGGAUCCCCGAAGAGGGAAACCAAUUGAGUUCAUAGAGUUCUUUAAGUUUGGUAAAGGGGUUUACAGUGACCUCCGCCGCAGACUGCCCCUCUACCCGUCAGACUUCACAGAUGGUAUAAUGGGGAAGGACCGCUGUCUGCUGAAGUACACCACCACGGCUAUCUUCCUCUACAUCGCCAUCCUGCUGCCCGCCAUCGCCUUUGGCUCGCUGAACGAUGAGAGCACGAGAGGAGAGAUCGAUGUUCAGAAGACCAUCGUCGGCCAGAGCAUCGGAGGAGUGAUUUAUUCUUUGUUUGCCGGCUCACCGCUCGUCAUCCCCCUGACCACAGCACCUCUAGCUAUCUUCAUCAGUGUCAUCAGAGGCAUCUGUGACGACUACGACCUCGACUUUGACGCUUUCUACGCCUGCAUCGGUCUGUGGAACAGUCUGUUCCUCAUCCUCGGAGGCCUGUUCAAUGUCAGCCUGCUGAUGAAACUCUUCAAACGCUCAACAGAAGAAGUCAUCGCAUUGUUCAUCUCUGUAGCGUUUGUCGGGGAUGCUGUGAAAGGCACCAUUAAAAGUAAGUCGAGGUCGAGGCACCUUCAUGAUGUUUAGAUCUGCAGCAGAGUGACUCUCUAAACGGGAAAGUUAAACGUCCCGGGUCGGGAUAGCUAAUCAAACAAUCACAGACACGUUU